CUUCAAAAGAUUAAAAUCGUCGUCGUUCCAAACAAAUGUAAACAUUGGAAUUAAUUUUUGGAAAAAGGGUAGGUGUUUAAUGCAGGUAGACGUCCAAGCUCCGCUCCUUAUGUGUAAGAGGCUUCAACCCCCCACCCACCAAUGUCUGUUGAUCCCUUGGUUGUGGUCAACUCUACCAUUAUAUUGAACGAUGGGGCAGGGAAGACCACUCUUGCCUUGAGUCCUGGAGUGAUCGCUGCCAUCACAAUCUCUGUGACGUUUGCCUUCUAUCUGGGCAUCAUGCUGGCUGUAUGCAUCGGGGAGUACUGCCAGUAUGCCAGGGGCAAGAAACUCAAGGUCCAACCACGUAGAUCUACUCCAGAGGCCCAUGCAAAAUCCCGAUCCUCCAGAAAAAGCACACAUCGUACCGAAACCAGUAUUAACCCACCAGAAACCACAACUGGCAUAGACAAGACACAUUCCUAUACUUCAGCAUUUGAAAAGGCACAGUCUGGUGUACUGAAUUCGCAGAGAGCUUGGCAAGAGGAGACUCACGCUGAUGGAGGCAUUUUGGGUAAAACUCCUGAAGUCAGAGAGGACCAUAUUACUGUGAGUAUGGGCUCAGGGAGUUGUGAUAAUAACGGUGAUUACAAUGGCAAAUCUAGCGCUGCAGAAUCAGUGCCAUUAGACUGUGAUAUAGAGUGUGAUAAUGGCAAUGAUAGUACCGGUGAUAUAGGAAUGAGGCCGUUGAUAACACGGCGCAGUGACGAAGACUUUGACGAUGAUACUGAAAUCUUCUGUGAUAGCAUUGACUCGCGAGAGAUGUUGAAAAUGGAGGCAGAUGUGUAAAAAAUGUCAUAGUUCAUGUUUCACGGCCUUUUUGAUUUUUCACAUCCAUUUUCAUGUUCAUCGUAAGUUAUGUUUGGAUCCAAGAUUAGUGUUCAUAGUUUCUUUUUUUAUCACGGGUUAUUGUGUUGCAUUAUCUGUUAAUGAUUUGUUGAGAUGGUGAUUUUGGUGAUUUGUUUUUACUCUGAUUGAGUAUUUUAUUAAAUGAAGUCACACAGUUAUCUGAAAUAAAGCAUGUAGCUUUUUGGGUCAUUGUUUGCAUGUUUAAAAUACAUUUAUUUAGAAGUUACAUGUAUGCUGUAAUAUGUGUAAUUGUACAUAUACAAAUGUAUAUGAUGUCUCAAUAACAUAUAAUUGUCCAGCUUAUGCAUUAAAAUAGGGCAUUGGUAAUUUGGUAUGUAAACAUUGACACAAACAAUUGAUAAGGUAAUAUAUGCGCAUAUCACAUCUGUUCAUAGUUUUGCAUAGGCUUUUGUUUUGUUCUUCUCCUGCUAGACACCAUUAUAUCAUUAAAUUUCACCCCUUGUCAGUGAUUGAACACUUGUUAUCAUAGUCUAGCAUUUAUUUGACAUCGUGGCACCUAGAUCUCCUAUCCAUUACAUUGAAAUCAUCAUAGUGUGGUUCCUAACCAGACUGUACAGUGCAGUCUGGUCUGGAGGUUGGUUAGCACCAUAUGGCAUAAUACCUAUUUUUGCAUGAGGAGGCUCAUUAAAUAGUGGCAUUUAUUUAUGCUGUGUAAGUUGUGUAUAUUUAUGUAUGUUUGUUUUGAAAACAUUCACAAAAAUUGGCAAUAAUGUGAUUGCAUGUGUUAUAAGAAAUGUAUGCUACAUUGAUCACUUUUUGUGCAUGGUCUAACAUUUUUUAACCAUAUCAAACAUCAGACUUGUAUAAAGCCUGUAAGAUUAAUUUUUAGCUCGACUAUUAUAUAUGAAAUAUAUAUAGUGUAGCUAUCCUACUCACCCCGGCGUCUGCAUAAGCGUUAGCGUGCAAAUGUUACAGUUUUCGUACUACCCCAAAUAUUUUCUUUUUCCCUUGACAUAUUGCUUUCGUAUUUUGCAUACUUGUUUACCAACAUGACCCCAACCUAUAAACAAGAGCAGACAACUCUAUCAAGCAUUUUGUCAUAAUUAUGGCCCCUUUUCCACUUUGAAUAUGCAGCAAAUGUUAAAGUUUUCGUACUACCCCAUUUAUUUUCAUUGUCCCUUGACAUAUUGCUUUCAUAUUUUGCGUACUUGUUUACCAACAUCACCCCAACCUAUAAACAAGAGCAGACAAAUCUCUCAAGCAUUUUGUCAUAAUUAUUGCCCCUUUUAUACUUAGAACAUGCAUAUUAUUGAUAAAUCUAUGUUAAAAUGUGCGUACUACCCCAAAUAUUUCCUAUAUCCUUUGACAUAUUGCUUUUAUAUGUUGCAUACUUGUUUACCAACAUGACCCUAACUUAUAAACAAGAGCAGACCACUGUAUCAAGCAUUUUUACAUAAUUAUGGCCCCUUUUACACUUAGAUAAUUGAACAUUUUGCUUAAACUGCAAUAACUUCUUUAUUUAUGAUCACAUUUUAUUAUUACUUUGACAAAACAACACUUACCUGAAUACCACAAUGGAUUCUACCCAAACAUUACCCCACGCCCCAACCCAGAAUCCCUUCCCCCCCCAACCCUCCCAUUUUUUUCUUUAAACAUC